AACUCCACACAACCAAAGGGAAACCCAUUGACACAAAAAUGGUGUCUGAGAGGCACCAAUACAAAAGUGUGUGUGUAAUUGGGGCUGGACCCUCAGGUCUUGUUGCUGCAAGAGAGCUGAGGAAAGAAGGUCACAGAGUGGUGGUGUUGGAACAAAACCAUGAUGUCGGAGGUCAAUGGCUGUAUGACCCAAAUGUGGAGGGAGAAGACCCCUUGGGAAGGAACACUACUAGUCCUACAACUAGUACUGAUUCUCAGCAUCUGAAAGUCCAUAGUAGUCUCUAUACCUCUUUAAGGCUCACAUCUCCUCGAGAGAUUAUGGGUUUCACUGAUUUUCCAUUUUCAGUUCAAAAGGGUAGAGACAUAAGAAGGUUUCCUGGGCAUAGGGAACUUCUUUUGUAUCUUCAAGACUUCUGUGACCGGUUUGGGUUGAGGGAUUUGAUUAGGUUCAACACUAGGGUGGCUUAUGUGGGUAUGCUGAAUCAUGUAACGGGAUGUCAAGAUUUGAAAUGGCUUGUGAAGAGUGUGGAGAAGAAGACCCAGCUUGUGAUGGAGGAUGUGUUUGAUUCUGUGGUCGUUGCCACUGGCCAUUACUCUCAGCCAAGAUUGCCUUCCAUUAAUGGAAUGGAUUCAUGGAAGAGGAAGCAAAUUCACAGUCACAUUUACAGGGAUCCCAAGCCUUUCUGUAAUGAGGUUGUAGUUGUGGUUGGAACUUCACUAAGUGGUCAAGACAUAUCAGUGGAGCUAGUAGAAGUGGCAAAGGCAGUAUAUCUCAGCGCAAGAUCCUUGAACAAUAUCUCUGAGGGCUUAUCCAAGGUCAUCUCCAAGCAUAAAACUUUGCAUCUUCGUCCACAGAUAGAGUCCCUUCAAGAAGAUGGAAAGGUUCUGUUUGUGGAUGGUUCUUGGGUAAUUGCCGACACUAUCAUCUACUGCACCGGGUAUUCAUACACAUUCCCAUUUCUUGACACCAAAGGAAUAGUAGCUAUUGAUGAUGACAGAGUGGGUCCUUUGUAUGAGCACACCUUCCCUCCCUCACUGGCUCCUUCUUUAUCUUUUAUUGGCAUUCCUAGACAGAUCAUAGGGUUCCCUUUCUUUGAGUCACAAGCAAAAUGGAUAGCUCAACUGCUCUCUGGGAAAAUACCAUUGCCAUCAAGGGAGGAAAUGAUGCAGUCCAUUAAGGAUUUCUACCACUCAAGGGAUGCUGCUGGCAUCCCAAAAUACCGUACUCAUGAUAUUGCUGAUUUUGAGUAUUGUGACAAAUAUGGAGAUCAUGUUGGAUUCCCACAUUUAGAGGAAUGGAGGAAAGAGCUUUGCCUUUCUGCCUUAAGAAAUUCAAUGACCAGCUUAGAAACAUAUAGAGAUUCGUGGGAUGACCAUGACUUGCUUCAAGAGGCUUUCCAAAGUCCCCAUUUCACCCAACAAGAACAAGGGGCUCAAGAUUUUUCUCUUUAAGUCUCUAAAUUAUUCUUGGUUGUUUGAUAAAUACAUGUUUUUUGUUUUUUUUGGUUUUUUGAAAAAUGCAUGUAUUUGUUAUUGUGUUGUAACUUGAGAGAACUGAUUAAAUAAA